AAAUUGUCGUCCCCACUUCUACAAAACAGGACGAGUCACCGUUGACUUAUGGUCGCCUUGGAAAAAAGUUAUGGCGACGUGUCUCCUACGCGGGCUCCAUGUGCUUUUGGUAAUCGAUAGGUUGACUGACCAGGUCAAACAUCGAAUACAUUGUGCUUAAAGCUUGCUCUGAUCGUCUUCCUCCCCGAUCACCAUCCGCAACGAAGGAACGCAGAUAUGCCUCGUUCCUACCAUGUCCUCCUCUUCUUCUCCCUUGUUCUCAUGCUCCGUUGUUACGGAACCAGCUCGGACAAGCUUUGGAGCUACUGUCCUCAUGAUGCCAACUACACCACCAACAGCACCUUCCAGUACAACCUCAACCUCCUCCUCGCCUCCCUCUCCUCCUCCACCGCUGCCACCGGCUACUCCAACGACACGGAAGGUCGGUCCUCGGAUCAAGUCCACGGCCUCGCGUUAUGCCGCGGCGACGUCUCCUCCUCCGUGUGCCAGACCUGCCUCGACGCCGCCGUCCAAGACAUCAUCCAGUCGUGCCCCAACGGCAUGACAUCCACCACAUGCUACGACGACUGCCUGCUUCGCUACUCCAACCGGACGUUCUUCUCCACGGCGGACACCUCCUUCAUGUACGCGGCGUGGAACAGCCAGAACGUCUCGGACCAGCAGCAGUUCGAGACCACGCUGGGGAAUCUCAUGGACGAUCUCACCAUGAAAGCAAGUAGCUCGCCCAAACUGUUCGCGGCUGGAUCGGCCAACGUCACCAGCUUCAAUAAGCUGUACGGGUUGGUGCAGUGCUCGAGGGACCUGUCGGCGGACGACUGCUACCGGUGUCUCCAGGACAUGGUGACCUUCAUUCCCAAGUAUUCCAGUUGGAAGCAGGGAGGGAAGGUGUACGUCCAGAGUUGUUACCUUCGCUUCGAGUCGUAUCGUUUCUACAACCUCUCCGCCGUGGAGGCACCACCGCCGCCGUCUCCGAGCAGCAAGACGCCCAGCGAUACCGUGCCAAAUGAUGCCACUGGAGGAAAAAGUAACAAUGCUGUGAAAACAGUUCUACUUGUUGUCAUCCCUGUUGCUGCAGCACUGUCGUUCCUACUUGCCAUCUUUGUGAACUGUCGACGAAGGAAACCAGCAAGGCCAAGGAGGAUGCAUCUGCACAAACGAAUAUUUGACAAUGGAGAUCAACAAGAGAUCAAGAGUGCAGAAUCGCUGUUACUAGAUCUGGAGGUGAUCAGGUCUGCCACAGACAACUUUUCUGAUGCAAACAAGCUAGGAGAAGGAGGAUUUGGACCAGUUUAUAGGGGAACACUAGAGGAUGGAGUGCAAAUAGCUGUGAAGAGGCUUUCAAGAACCUCAGUGCAAGGGCUUGUUGAGCUGAAGAAUGAGGUGGUUUUGUUGGCCAAACUUCAGCACAGAAACCUUGUGAGAUUGUUGGGUUGUUGCUUACAAGAGGAGGAGAAAUUACUUGUCUAUGAGUACCUUCCUAAUACAAGUCUUGACAAUGUCUUAUUUGAUCCUGUGAGGAGAGUGCAAUUGGACUGGGCAAGGAGGUAUAAGAUCAUCGAGGGCAUUGGGCGAGGACUUCUUUAUCUCCACGAAGAUUCAAGGCUCAAGAUCGUUCACCGGGACCUAAAAGCCAGCAAUAUCUUGUUGGAUGGGUUCAUGUGCUGCUGUCUUGGAUGA